GUCCGUGGUCGGAGAAAUGCAACGUGCUCCCCGUAUGUGUCUUGUGUGGGCCACGCCGAGGAUAGUGCGUUGGACAUGGAUGUUUUCGGUGUGCGCAUUCUGGAUCAGUUUUGUACUUAUGUCGCCCGUGCCGGAAUCUUCUCCGGGCCCAGGUGUCCUACACGUAACAGGCGUAGACGGAUCUCGCGUCACUGUUCCCUGCGCCGCAGCGAGCAACACUGCAGAGGACGAACCAGCCUUAGUGCUCUGGUACAGGGAGGGAGACGGCGCUGAAGCUACCCCGCGAUACAGCGUGGAUGCUCGCCGAGGUCCCGGAGGUCUUGCUGGGGGCAGACACGCAAUGGCGGACGGCUGGGCGGGAAGGGCAUACUUUAGUGCCGUCGCUCGGGUCUUAGAACUGGAUCCAGCUGGACUGCAAGAUGAAGGCCGCUACAGGUGUCGAGUGGAUUUUCGUCGGGGACGUACCAGAACAUCGCAUGUUAUGCUUACAUUAAUCGUGCCUCCUCACAACCUGACAAUCACGGACGGAGGCGGAAAUCGACUACAGAGCCUCAUCGGACCUUACAACGAAGGAGAUUCCGUUCGCUUCGUCUGUUCCGCCCAGGGUCGUCCUCCACCUAUAGUGACAUGGUGGCGAGACGCAGUGCUACUAGAAGACAGGUACGUGUCGUCUCCACCAGGCGGCGUUGAAGGAACGUCCCACAACGAACUCAUCAUUCCUCGCCUGGAAAGGCACCACCUGAUGGCCCUGGUCACCUGCAGUGCCCGAUGCGGGGACCUGGAAACCAUGAGUUCCAUCACAUUGGAUAUGAACUUCCGUCCAAUGGGGGUCCUAAUCCGACGGAGGGAUACCCCGCUUGUAGCCGAAACGUCGGCGCACAUCGAGUGUGAGUCUUGGGGAUCCCGUCCUCCGCCUUCGAUCGCCUGGUGGAAAGGCUCCCAGAGCAUGACGCGUUCCUGGGAUCGCUUGUCGGUCGACGGGAACCUGACCACGAGCGUCCUGGCCUUCACGCCUGCAAGCGACGACCACGGAAGGCGUCUUCGUUGCGUCGCCUCUAACCCACAUAUCCCUGGCAGUACUCUAGAAGACCACGUCAUUUUACAAGUUGAUUUCACACCUCUGGUGAGCAUCCGCCUCGAAGGAGGAGGUUCUACCGUGACAGAAGGCGCCAGGGCCAUUCUGCACUGUUCCAUCCGUGCACAACCACCUGCCGAGGGUCCACCAGAGUGGCUCCGAGACGGCCGUCCGAUCAGACCGGGUCGAACGGAGCUCCUGGACAGCGGGUCCUUGCUCAUUCGCAAAGUCAACCGUAGGGACUCCGGAGUGUACACGUGCUCAGCACAGAAUGUGCACGGCAGCUCACAGAGUCCUCCACUUCGAAUGACCGUCCUCUAUGCGCCAGUCUGCGCACCCGGUCAGACGACGGAAUACUUCGCUGCCCUGCACGAACCCGUGUACGUUCAGUGCAAGAUGAAUGCCGAGCCCCAGGAAUCGUCUUUCUCGUGGAGAUUCAAUAACAGCCGCGGGGAACUCCUGGCCCUGGUGUCCUUCAACUCUACUGGGAGUGACAGCACAUCGCGUUACGUUCCACGAUCUCCCCUGGACUAUGGGACUCUUCUCUGUUACGCCACAAACCGCGUCGGAGCAACGACGGACCCGUGUGUGUUCCGUGUGAGCGCGAGGGACGACGCAGUGUACGUGCCUGAGCCACCGCUCUGUCGGACGGUGCUGCGGGUGGGACCGGGAUUCCGGGUCCUCUGCGAGGCCGGGAGGGCCCGGGGAUUUGUGUUGGAGGUUAGGGACUCUCAAGGUGCUUUGAGGAGGAGUCUAGCGGCGGAUGCGCCUUCUUUUGAAAUACAUGGUUUGCCUCCGGGUACGUCCUUCGUAGCCCGCGCAUUCGCCGUGGGUGCCCGGGGCCUAAGUGCUCCUUCAGAGCCUCUGGAGCUUCCUCCCGUGCCUUCGUCCCCGUCUAGCCCGGGAGCCCGGACUAGUCCAUGGAGACGACCUGAUAUUUGGGGAGGGGCCAUCGCAGGACUUUCGCUACUACUGCUCACAACCACGUCAGCGGCGGUUUUCGUAGCCAGGAGAAAACGGUCCGCUCCCUAUCUGAAGAGCAAAGAAGCUGAAUCGCCCAGCGAUGAAGAUAAGGCAUGCGCAGACGUGAAAGGCCCUGACGUCGUGCCAGGUACAACGUCCUUACAGGACUCCCUCUAGCAUUCGGCUGUGUCAGCAGAUAUUUGCUGAGCUCGUCUACGAAUCCCUUUCGGCGCUCUGCCAAAUUUCUGCUCAAGUCGUGAGGGUCGCCACAUCACCGGAAGCCGACCUCGUUGCCAUGCAGCGGGGUCGUUUAGCGGACAUCUCAUCUGGCCACCUGUACACUGAAACGGGCGUCCAUUUCAAUCGCUGUGAUAAGCACAACAUCAAAUCAACGGGCGGAUCUCUUGCCUCAUCUAUAUAUAUAUAUACAGUUCCAUAUUUUCUGGCAUCAUCAGUGCAUUCAUUCAA